GAAAGACACUAUGAGAGUGAGGGAUAGCUCAAGUGGUUAGAGCUUUCCUAUCGAUUCUCACCCCCGCCUUUGUGGCUCUUUACACCAAAAAAUAAAGAAAGACACUGCUUACUACUAUAGAUAUUACUUGUUUAGAGUGCAUUGACGAGCAUAAAACUUGGAGGAAACAUAAGUUAGAACAAAAUACAUACACCAUAGCAAGGUUUUUUUUUUUUUUGAUAGACAAAAAGUUAAAUAACAUUGGGAUAUUCUAGGAAGUAGAAUAAAUAAAUAGGUGUCAAUCAAGAUAAAUGAGUCGGGUUUAGUGAGGUCGAAUUAGGUGUAUCUAUUUGAAAAUUAAGUCAUACUUAAUAUUUUAUGUACAUGAAUCAAAAUUUAAAUUAGGCUGUUCUCGGAUUGAUCAAGUCAGUUUUUAAUACCUUUAAAUUAGAAUACGAGGUAAGCCUUAAAUUAUUGUACCGCAGUAAAUGAGUAUUUUUUUUCCUUUGAAAAUAUGGAAUCCUUAAAAAUGUGAACCAAAUUUCAUCUACUUGUACAUUUCUUAAAAUCUUUCCACUUCCACAUGAAGUUAAAACAAACAUGUACUCAACUCACUUACUCGAUUCCACCAAAGCGGUAGAAACACAGUAACAGUACCAUUAUCUCUUUUUUUUUUUUUUUUUUUUUUUUUUUUCACUGUUUUGCAUUUUCAGGUAAUCAGGUUUAGAAGCACUAAACCCAUGACUUUUCUUGGGCUUAGUUUUUUUGAUUGAUAUAUUGUGUUUUUCUUCACUCUUUGACUCCCUUAAUUCCCAUUACCCAACACUCUCCUUGGAAAUUUAAUUUACCCCUCCCCCAUUUCCUCUUUCUUCUUCCUUUCUUCCUUCCUUAAAAACAGAGCAUAAAAACAGAGCAUUACAUUAAAUAGAAGAACCUUCCGUUUUUUACUCCUAGAAAUCUUUCCCACAUUCAUUUCUUUUUUGGGUUUUUUUUUAUAAAAAAAUAAAAAGGGUAAAUAUUAUAGUAUGAUAAUGGGUGAAAAUGGAGGAAAAGAGGGAGAAAUUCAUCUUCCAGGUGGGAGUUUUUCAAGGCUACUUUUGUCAUUAGAAGAUGUUGAAGAAAAAGGCUUUUCUGUUGAUUCCCCUGUUUCUCCUACUCUGUUUUCUUCUAAUACUCCUAAUAUGCUCUGUUUUGGUGACUUUAUUUCUAAAACCACUCCUAAAUUUACUCAUACUACUGCCAAUACUACUAAUCUCACUCCCUCCAACUCCAAUAAAAGGAGAAAUGGGCCGGGUAAAGAAUCUGAAAAUGGGUCUCAAAAUGGUCAGAAUCAGAAAAAUGGGGUGAAGAAGAAUAAAACAGAAAUGGGGCCCAUUGUUACAUCUUCUCCUAAACAUGUAAAGGGGAAAAGAGAGAAACUUGGUGAGAGGAUUGCUGUAUUGCAGCAGCUUGUAUCUCCUUAUGGCAAGACGGACACUUCUUCGGUGUUACAUGAAGCAAUGGGGUACAUAAGGUUCCUACAUGAUCAAGUGAAGGUGCUUUCUACACCUUACUUGAAGCUUUCGCCUUCAUCGUCGUCUCCUCGUCACUUUAUUUCUGAAAAGGGUGGACCGAGUGCAAUGGAGAUGGAUUCAAUGGAGGGUCUAAGUAGCAGAGGACUAUGCUUGGUUCCAUUGGAAUGCAUCCUCCAUGUCGCAAACAACAAUGGUGCCGAUUUCUGGUCAUCUGCUACUAUAACUUCACCAGGACCAGGCCUUGAAAUCUAGUUGUCAUCUAAGUAUAGUCCAAGUAGUAAUUACUUUGUUUUUGUGAAUUUAAGUAGCUAAAUGAAGAAGUAAUGUAAAGUUUUUGCUCAAAGGAACAAGAAUUGUGUCUUCUUAGACCUAAUGAAGGGGACAAAUGUUUUGGGUGCCAAGGGAUAAGAAGGUAUAGAUUGUUGAUGAACUUGGGACUAAUAGCUAGUUGAAGGGUACGUAUAUAAGAAAAUAUUUUUACAUCUGAAUAUCUAGUACAAGUACAAUAUUUUGAAUCUCUUUGUAGUAUGGAGUAGUGCAACUCAAUCAGUAAAGUCUUCUUUUGACACUAAAAUGAGGGUUCCAUACAUGCACUUUGUACACUAUUGUACUCCGUAUUGAAAUAAAUAUGAACGGAGUGG